UACUGACAACCAUUUUCCCAUGGUAUUUUCUCCUCUAGGAUGUCCACUGAACAGGAGAACACAGAGAUGCAUCUCAUUGAAUGUAUGUUAAAGCACUUCAAGACACAGAAAGUGGCCAUUUCUAAUGCGAUAAGAAGUACAUUUCCUUUUCUUGAGAGCCUCCGAGACCGUGAAUUCAUCACUGGUAAAAUGUAUGAAGAUUUGCUAGAUUCCUGUAGAUCACUGGUCCCUGUGGACAAAGUGAUCUACAGAGCCCUGGAGGAACUGGAGAAGAAAUUUGACAUGACGGUACUGUGCGAAUUGUUCAAUGAGGUCAACAUGGAGAAGUACCCCAAUUUGAAUCUCAUUCGUAGAAGCUUUGAAUGUGGUAAUUGGGUUUUAUAUCGCUCCUUGAGAGCACAGUCCUUUUUGUUGUCAACAAAUGUAUAUUAAGCUUUUAUCAUGUGCCAUAUAUCAUGCAGAGCAAUUGAGGAUAUAACAGUUAACAAGACUACUGUGUCAUGAAUCAUAUGAAAACUUAUGACUAAUGGCUGACACCCUCCAGAGCUCUGCCGCUGGCCAUUUAGGCUCUCAGGACAAUAGGAGGCAUACCAUCAUCAGGCUAUGUAGAAGAGGGUAGGAUUAGAAGUGCUGAUUGUCAGUAGGGUAGCACUGUUGUGUCUCUCAGUGGGCAUUCUUACAUGGUGAGAGUGCUCUUGUCUCCCCAGCUAGGGAGGUGAGGGAUGUCUUCUGACUCCCCCUCCCCCCUUUUUUGAGACAGGGUUUCUCUAUGCGA